UUUGCCUUUGUGCAGAUGCUGCUGCUGUGGACCCUUUCAGUGCUGCUGGGAGCAGUAGCCGGAAAAGAAGUUUGCUACGAAAAACUCGGCUGCUUCAGUGAUGAUGCCCCAUGGUCGGGAACUUUAGAAAGACCUUUGAAAGCACUGCCCUGGAGCCCAUCACAGAUCAACACCCGCUUCCUCCUGUACACCAACGAGAACCCAAACAACUACCAGGAAAUCACUGCAGAUGCAUCAAUUAUCCAGAGCUCCAAUUUCAAAAAAAAUAGAAAAACCCGUAUUAUUAUCCAUGGAUUCAUUGACAAGGGAGAAGAAAACUGGCUGUCUGAUAUGUGCAAGAACAUGUUCCAGGUGGAGAGUGUGAACUGCAUCUGUGUGGACUGGAAAGGUGGUUCUCGAGCUACAUACACCCAGGCUACCCAGAACGUUCGGGUUGUGGGGGCAGAAGUGGCCUAUUUGGUUGAUACCCUUCAGUCUGACUUUCGAUAUUCACCCUCCAAUGUCCACCUCAUUGGCCACAGCCUGGGUUCCCAUAUUGCUGGGGAGGCUGGAAAGAGGACGUAUGGCGCCAUUGGACGAAUCACAGGGUUGGAUCCUGCUGAACCUUACUUUCAAGGUACACCUGAAGAAGUCCGAUUAGACCCCAGUGAUGCUCAGUUUGUGGAUGCAAUUCAUACAGAUGCUGCCCCAAUAGUCCCCAACUUGGGAUUUGGAAUGAGCCAAACUGUGGGUCAUCUAGAUUUCUUUCCAAAUGGAGGAGAAGAAAUGCCCGGAUGCCAGAAGAACAUUCUCUCCCAGAUUGUUGACAUCGAUGGAAUCUGGGAAGGAACUCGUAACUUUGCUGCCUGUAAUCACUUAAGAAGUUACAAGUAUUACUCUGAUAGCAUUGUUAACCCUACUGGCUUUGCUGGAUUCCGCUGUGCGUCUUACAAUGUUUUCUCUGCAAACGAGUGCUUCCCCUGCGGAAGUGGAGGAUGCCCACAGAUGGGACAUUAUGCUGAUAGAUUCCCUGGGAAAACAAGUGGAGUCUACCAGAGAUUUUAUCUUAACACUGGUGAUCAGAAUAACUUUGCACGUUGGAGGUACCAGGUAGCCGUCACCCUGUCCGGACAGAAGGUUACAGGACACAUUCUGGUUUCUUUGUUUGGAAGUGGAGGAAACUCUAAGCAGUAUGAUAUUUUCAAGGGCUCUUUGCAACCAGGCAACACUCAUUCCAAUGAAUUCGACUCUGAUGUGAAUGUUGGAGAUAUUCAGAAGGUUAAAUUUCUUUGGUACAACAAUGUGAUCAACCCAACCCUACCCAGAGUUGGAGCAUCAAGGAUCACAGUGGAAAGAAAUGAUGGAAGAGUGUUCAACUUCUGCAGUCAAGAAACUGUGAGGGAGGAGGUUCUGCUCACCCUCUCUGCUUGUUAGGAGGCCCUGAUGUGUGACCACUGAGCCUCAUUGUAAUAAAAUGUAGUAGUGAAGCAA